UUCGUUUAUUCACGAACUGUCAUUCGCUUUCAGAAAUCCCAUCAGGAGAGUGAGAUCACGGUGCAGCAGAUCAACACAAAUGAAGAUGUUUAUCAGCUCCACUUUAGCGAGCUCUUUGCUGCUAUUGUUUUUGUCUGCGGAAUUGUUCGGUGUAAGUAACGCGGACGAGUACCACCGUAUUCCACAACACAAUGCUCGAUCCAACAAUCAAAGGAACCGAGCCAUCAGCGAAGACGCUGCAUAUUGGAAGGGCACAGCACAAGCUCUUCUGCAAGCCGAAUUAAACAAAAAACCCAUCGAAGCAGAAGCCAAAAACAUCAUUUUCUUUCUGGGCGAUGGUAUGUCGAUUGCCACCGUGACUGCCGCCCGAAUCUACAAGGGACAGAAAGCCGGCAAUACCGGCGAAGAGGAGCAACUCACAUUCGAUAAAUUCCCUUACACUGCUUUAUCAAGAACGUACUGCACGGACGCACAAGUUGCUGAUUCAGCCUGCACUGCAACCGCAUAUUUAUGCGGUGUCAAGACAGACAUCGAUACCAUAGGCUUGGACGUCAACGUCGUUUACAAGAAUUGUUCGACGCAAAAUAAUGGUGCUAAUCGAGUCAGCUCAAUUAUGGCUUGGGCUCAGGCCGCCGACAAAGGUACUGGUAUCGUGACGACGACAAAGGUCACUCAUGCCACUCCAGCUGGUACGUACGCUCACGUUGCCAAUCGUGAUUGGGAAGAUGAUUACGCCCAAUCUUUCGAUGGCGUUGACACGGAUAACUGUGACGACAUUGCUGAACAACUUGUUUUCAACGAUCCCGGCAAAAAUUUUAAGGUGAUUUUGGGAGGUGGUCGAUCGUAUUUUAUGCCGACUACAACCACAGACAUUGAAACAGGUGCUAAAGGCCGCCGUAGGGAUGGUAAAAAUUUGGUAGAAGAAUGGAAGACAGCCCAUCCGACUGGAAAAUAUGUGACCAGUCGCGAUGAAUUGCUUAAUUUAGAUGUGUCAGGAACUGAUGCAGUAUUCGGUUUAUUUAGCCCAGCUCAUAUGGAAUACUUUCUGGAAUCGAGCACAGCAAACAAUCCGACUUUGGAACAAAUGACACGAACAGCCAUUCAAAUGUUACAGAAGGAGACCAAUGGUUACAUCCUUCUCGUCGAAGGUGGAAGGAUCGAUCAAGCGCAUCACGACGGACGAGCUAAAUUAGCCCUUGAGGAAGCUAUCCAAUUUGACUUGGCCGUUGCGGCUGCAUUGGAAAUGACUAGCACGGACGACACGCUCAUCAUCGUUACCGCAGAUCACUCACAUACUUUCACCAUCAACGGCUAUCCCGAUCGUGGCAACAAUCUAUUGGGUUUGUCUGGUGAUAUGGGUGAGGAUGACAAACCAUACACAACAUUGUCUUAUGCUAACGGCCCUGGUUACAACACCACAUUUGCCAAUGGAGAGCGCAUUAAUUUAACCAACGUCGACACAACCGCUGAUUCAUAUCUUCAGCCGUCAGCCGUGCCCAUUGGCUCUGAAACUCACGGUGGUGAUGACGUGGCCAUAUUCGCUAUUGGUCCCCAGGCACACCUAUUUCAGGGUGUCUACGAGCAACAUUACAUCGCCCACGUAAUGGCAUACGCAGCUUGCGUUGGAGACGGUCUCAAAUUUUGCGAUGCAAAGUCAUCGUCAAGUCGUCACGGAGCUGGACCUUUGAUGAUGUUGGUGCAGUUUGUCCUUGUCUGGCUUGCAGGCCGUUUGCUGUUUCGUUUUUAAUCAACUAACGCAUUGAAACGAAAUUCGACUCGCAAAAUCUAUUAGGCUGUAAAGGGUGUUUUUAAUAUACAGAGGAAAUGCAUAA